AUGCGUUUCACUAUCGCCACCGCUUUCUCUGCCUUCGUGGCUCUGGCUGCUGCCUACACUGCUCCUGAUUACAACCAGCAGCCCAGCGGCAAUGCCAUCACCUACCCUGGUCUGAAUGAGAUCGUGCCCGAGGGCAAGGCCUACACCAUCAAGUGGACUCCCACCACUGUUGGCCCUAUCUCCCUCAUUCUUCUGCGCGGUCCCUCCACCAACGUCCUCCCCCUCGAGACUCUUGCCGAGUCCAUCCCCAACAGCGGCGAGUUCAGCUGGACUCCUAGCGCUGACUUGGAGGCCGACGUCACCCACUACGGUCUGCUUCUCGUUGUUGAGGGUACCGGCCAGUACCAGUACUCCACCCAGUUCGGUAUCUCCGCCGCUGUUGUCUCCAGCUCCAGCGCCGUCGCUAGCUCCACCACUGAGACCACCGCUUCCGCCUCCACCCCGGUUGCUGCGUCCACCGUUAUCGAGAGCACCGAGAUCACCACCACUAUCUGCCCCGAGACUGAGACUACUGCCGCUGCCACCACCGCCGCCACCACUGUUGCUACUACUUUCGCCACUACCCCCGCCCCCAAGGUCACCCCCACUGGUGUUUCUCCCGUCAAGCCCCCCACCAGCACCCCCUUGACCUCCAUCCGUCUCACCACCAGCGCUGUCCCCACCGCUUCUCCUUCGGCCACCCCCGUCUUCAACAGCGCUGGCCGCAACGCCAUCAGCUUCGGUGCCGUCAUGGCCGGUGUCAUCGCUGCUUUCGCCCUCUAA